AUGGAAUUCCCCAAACUGGGCAAAAACUGCUCACUCGCUGGAUGUGGACAGCUUGCCGAAGCAAAGGUACUAAGUGCAAACGUUCAACGACGGGCGACCUCGUUUCAGAGUGUAGAUUUGUGUCCAACAUGUAAAUCUAUGAUUUUAUCACCGAGCGGAAUGACCACUGAGGAAACGCUAAAAUCGCACCAAGCCUCUAAUUGUGUGUCACACCUUCUAUCCUCCUUCCCUCGCGAAUCGAAACGAUGUGCCAUUAGUUCAUGCAAACCUACUACGACUGGCGGGAGAUUGCCGAUCGUUGUCGUGUGUGAUGGAUGUGGAGAUGGAUUCUGUUUGAGACAUCGCCACGCAACUGAUCACGGAUGUUCGUCAAUAAAUGCAGCCUCCGAAGAGACAGCUGAGCGCCGUGCUAGAAUAGACGAGAUUUUAAAACAUAUUCGGAACAAUGCGAAUAAAAGUGCUUCUAGUACAGCUAUGACACCAAGAACCAACAAUAAGCCAAAAAAAACCAGCAAACUCGUUGAACUGAUGAAAAUGAAAUCCAAGGCUACGGGAGAUUCCUCGAUUCCACAUGAAUCACGACUUUACCUGAAUGUUGGUUUUCCUAAAGAUACUAAUGUUACGACCAAGCCUAUGUUCUUUGAUAAGUCUUGGGUGAUCGGAAAGGUGCUUGACAAAAUCGCUACUGCUGGUAAGAUUAGAAAUGUGAAUAACAAAAUGGAUGUUAGUAAGAACGAGAGACUUAUUUUAGUUGAUCAAGAAACAAAUUCCAUUCUCAACGUGGAUGACAGACUGGGAGAUGCAAUUGAAAGUGGUGGGGGAGUGCUGUUAGAACGUGAGGGGGUUAUUAAUCAGUGA